GUGGGGGGGCCGCCCCGCCCCCGACUUUGAUGUCCCGCCCGCCGCCGCGGGUUUUGUGGCGAGUCCCGGAGGCCGGGCGCGCAGAGCAGCGGGGCCCGGGCGGCCGAGCGGAGCGCAGCGCUGCGCCCAGCCUCGAACCCGGGCCCGCGCCAUGGCGCACCAGCUGCUGUGCUGCGAGGCGGACGCCGUGCGCCGAGCCCACCGGGACGCGAACCUGCUGACCGACCGCGUGCUGCGCGCGCUACUGCGGGCCGAGGAGACGGGCGCGCCGGCCGCCGGCUACUUCCAGUGCGCGCAGGGGGGCGGGCUGCCCGCGGCGCGCAAGGUGCUCACGGCCUGGAUGCUCGAGGUGUGCGAGGAGCAGAAGUGCGAGGAGGCCGUGUUCCCGCUGGCCGUCAGCUACCUGGACCGCUUCCUGGCGCUCGAACCCGUGCCCAAGAGCCGCCUGCAGCUGCUGGGCGCCGGCUGCAUGUUCGUGGCCUCCAAGAUGCAGGAGACCGUCCCGCUGACGGCCGAGAAGCUGUGCGUGUACGCCGACCACGCCAUCCGGCCCCGCGAGCUGCUGCGCAUGGAGCUGGUCCUGGUGAACAAGCUCGAGUGGAACCUGGCGGCCACCACGCCCCACGACUUCAUCGAGCACUUUCUGGCCAAGAUGCCACUGGCCGAGGACAGCAAGCGGGUCAUCCGCCGGCACGCACAGACGUUCGUGGCCCUGUGCGCCACAGAUAUCAAGUUCAUCUCCAGCCCGCCCUCCAUGGUGGCGGCAGGCAGCGUGGUGGCCGCCGUCCAGGGCCUGCACCUGGGCAGUGCCAACAGCUUUCUGUCCUACCCCCACCUCACACACUUCCUCUCCACAGUCAUCAAGUGUGACCCGGACUGCCUCCGCGCCUGCCAGGAGCAGAUCGAAGCCCUGCUGGAGUCCAGCCUGCGCCAGGCCCAGCACAGCCUGGACCCCAAGGCGGCCGAGGAACAGCCGGGCCUGGCCUGCACGCCCACCGACGUCCGGGACGUGAGCAUCUGACGGCGCUGUGGCGGGCACGGGCGGGGAGCCGGCCCCAGGAGCCCCCCACCGUCCCUCCCUGGGACCCUCCACUCGCUGGGACACCGGCCUCCUGCUCCUGCAUGGCGGUUUCUCCUUUUGCUCCUUUCUCCCUGUCGUUUCUGACUUCAGUGAAAGGAAGAAAAAGAACAAAAAAAAAAUAUCCCCAAAAAAAAUGAUUUUGAAAAAACGAGGGGGAGACACAGACUGGCAGGGCGCCAGUGCUGCUCCGAGCCGGGCCCAGGCUGGGCCGCAACACCUGUCCGCCACAACUCGCCCGGUUUUCCGGUGUGAAGCCAGAAUUAACUGGGCUGGGGGUAGGUUUGUCCGCACUGCUUCCAGGCAAAGGCAGGAACGAGAGCGAGCCCUUCCUUCCAGCGCGGAGGCCGUGGGCUAUGGAGGCGGCAGGUCCCAGCGCAGGGCUGGCCUGGUAGCUAGUCCCGUGUCCGUCCGGCACCGCUGGCCUCGGCCCGCACUGCGCGGGGAGGGGCUCUCAGAGCUGACCUCUGUGGCCUCCCCGGCCGGGGCGACAGGCUCCUCUCUGUGUUCACUUCCCCGUCUCUGUAGUCAUCUCCCUGUCGGCGACACUCCAGUGCCCUGUCCCCCCCUUGCCUGCAGCCCCCUCUCCGGGGUUGGGUUCUUGUCCCAGUGCCGUUCUGGUCUCCACACCCGAAAAGCGCAUCACUUCAGAGCACUUUCUAUGGAGAGGGCCUCCGAGGGCCGUGGCGUGGCCAGGGAGGGGCCCGACUGGCCCGAGGACUGAGGCAGAGGGUCUGCCAGGCCGGGCGGGCGCUGGGCGCUGGGGGCUGGAGCCGGGGGCUCGGCUGUCUUCUCCCCGGCGACGGAAUUCCGCAAAGGCCGCCCACACGGCGUGCCCUUUCCCUGUCGCUGUUGCUGCUACUUGAGGAUCGGUCAGUCUGUCCUGUUUCAGUGUCACUUCGACUGCCAUGUCCCAUGUCCUCAUUGUGAUGUUCUCAUAAGAAAUCGUGACUUGUGGUUUUUUUUAUGUGAUCAACUUUGACUUUGUGUGAUUGCUCUGUUCCAAAAACCCAGCCUGCCCUGGCUCACAA